AUGCAAGCCUCUAUCUUCAUCCUCGGCCUCAUCGCCAGCAUCACCUCCGCCAUUCCCACUCCCGAGACCCAAUCUACAUGCCUGAACGAAUUUGAGGUCUGCCGCGUCAGUGCUCCGAUGGGUGAUCCCCACCAGUGCUGUAUCAGCAACAUGAUCUGCCAGCCAUCCGGCCACAGCAACAGCACUAUGGGUAUCUGUAUCAAGGAGGAUGAUGAGUACAAGCUGCCGCAGUAA